AUGUCAGACGACGAAGAUGAUUAUAUGUCAGCAGAUAUUCUGAACGGAGUUAGUGACCAACCAGUUGGAAUUGCCAAGUCAAGAGCACAUAAACGACAACUUCAGAUUCAUUCAAGAUUUGAAGAAACAAGAGAAGCAGUCAGACCAAAAAGGCCAAUAAGUCAUGCGGAGAGAGAAAAAGAACGUCGAGAUGAAGCACUGGCGAAACCGAUUAGUCAAGAAUCAAAAGGGUUCGCUUUAAUGGCAAAAAUGGGAUUUAAACCUGGUAUGACGCUUGGAAAGCAACGAGAAGACGAAAUCCGUAUAACUGAACCGAUUAGUGUUGACAUAAAAGGAAAUCGAAAAGGACUUGGCCAUGAGGUAGAAGAAGUUCAAGAGAGAAAUGAUCGAGUAGAGGCAGUGAUGCAGAAAAUGAAAGAGCAAGCGGCAAAACAUGAAGAAUUGAUUGAUGACUAUUCGAAACGGAGAAGACAAGAUGCAAAUGCGAAGCAAUUGGUAAAAGAUAUCAGAGCAUGUCGAAAAGUAUGUGAAGAGUUGGAUCAUAGAAUGCAGAAGAAGAUUCCUGACGUUGCCUGGUUUUGGAGAAGUUAUAAAAUUGUCCAAGAAGAAUCGGAGGCUCCGAAAGGAUACUAUAGAAAUCGAGACGCAGAAAAAGAAGAAGAAUACAAGUACUCAAAUGGGCUGACAGCUCCUGUAGAUCCAAACUAUGAUGUGACGAUGCCAACUGAAGAUCUGGAAGAAGCUUUAUCAAGUAUCAACACCUAUCUCCGAGAUGGACAUUUCUACUGUAUUUGGUGCGGAGCCAACUAUUGCUCUCCGGAAGAUAUGGCCGAACACUGUCCCGGAAACACUCGACGCUCCCAUCACGGAGAUGACGACCACGAAUAG